AUGAAUGGAACAGCGAAUUCGAAUGAAUUUACUCGUAAAAAUAAUGAAAUACCAAUACUUUUGAUGAAAGAUUUGAAUUCUUAUACCACGAUAAAACAUAUCAAUCAUUUCAUGUUUUUAACUAUUUUAUUAACAACUUAUGAUGUUAAAAAAGAUUUGAAAAGAAUUUGUUCAAAAUUUCUCGAUGAUGAAAUAAGUAAAAAUAUUCUCACAGAUACUAUUGAAAAUAAGAAUAUCAAAAGUUUUAUUCAAUCGAUGAUAGAAUGUAAAAUUAUUGCUGAUUUUGAUUAUAAUAUUGAUUUAACAGAUACAUUAAAUGAUCUCAAAAAAUUAUUUUAUAAAUCAAUCGAAGAACAUCGUAAAGAAAUUGAAGAAAACCAUAAAUCAGCUUUAGAAUUAACAGAUAAUUUAAUUGAACAACAUGAAAAUAAACAAAAAUAUUUUCAUUUAUUGAUGAUGAUGAUGAUUUUUAUUUCGACAACAGCAGUUUUGAAUGGAAAAGAGUAA